AUGCAUCGCACCUAUUCCAUGCGCCAGACUCGGGCGCCUACUGCCUCUCAGCUCCAGAACCCCCCGCCACCUCCGUCGUCGACAAAAUCCGGCCGCCUCUUCAAGAGCAGCUUCGGACAUGCCCUUCGUCGCAAUGCUGGCGGUGCCUUUGGCCCGGACUUGGCCAAGAAACUGUCCCAGCUGGUCAAGAUGGAGAAAAAUGUGAUGCGAAGCUUAGAGACCGUUGCCCGCGAGCGAAUGGAAGUUGCUCAACAACUAUCCAUUUGGGGAGAGGCUGGUGAUGAAGAUGUUUCCGACGUUACCGACAAGCUCGGUGUCCUUCUUUACGAGAUCGGCGAGCUUGAGGACCAAUAUGUCGACCGUUACGACCAGUACAGGGUCACUAUGAAGAGUAUCCGCAACAUUGAAGCUUCAGUUCAGCCAAGCCGUGACCGUAAACAGAAGAUCACUGAUCAGAUCGCCCAACUCAAGUACAAGGAGCCCAACUCUCCCAAGAUUGUCGUCCUCGAACAGGAACUUGUCCGAGCGGAGGCCGAGUCUCUUGUUGCUGAGGCUCAGCUUUCCAACAUCACUCGAGAGAAGGUGAAGGCAGCCUAUACCUACCAAUUCGAUGCUCUCCGUGAGCAUUGUGAGAAGGUUGCCAUUAUUGCAGGCUAUGGAAAGCACCUCCUCGAGCUUAUCGAUGACACCCCGGUCACUCCCGGCGAGACCCGUCAGGCCUACGAUGGUUAUGAAGCUAGUAAGGCCAUUAUUCAAGACUGCGAAGACGCCCUGACGAACUGGGUUACUUCCAACGCUGUCGUUUCUUCCAAACUCUCUACCCGUGCCCGCACUCUGUCUCAGCGACGUCGUAACAACAUCCGCAACCGAGGUGAGGGCCACGACCUCUCCGGUCAAGAUGUGCCCUUGAACGACGGUAGUUCCUGGACUGCUCGGGAUCGUGAUCUCGACAGCGAUGAGGAAGAGGAAGAGGAGGAUGCCCGAGGCUCCAUUCUGGACAGCGAUGGCGGCCUGAACGGCGAGUCUCGUGGGCGCACACAGGAAGCUGUUGCCGCAUAG